UUUGCCAGCUGCUUGGCCAUAACCUCGCUGCUGCUAGUCGUUGAAGCACAGGGGCCAUUUCCACCUAGAUUGAGCAUACCAGGCGCUGUUCCCGUGGCCGGGCCAGCAGUUUCGCUACGCUCACAAUUUCGCAAUGAUAAGCCGGUACGCGUACGUCGUCCAAUCGCUUUGCGUGCACAAAACUCCUAUAUACCGUCGGUAGCGCCGCGCAUACAAGAGGAACCCAAACCGGUAACCGAAUCGGCUGAAGAUGAACAACCAGAUGUCUUCUUGCCACAACUAUUACGCGAGCAGCAAUUGGUGCAAGCGCAGCAGGCACAAUUUCAGCAGCAAGCGAAUGCUUUCCUCAACGGUGAGGUAAAUACCAUACAUGAUACACCCUCAUUGCCACAAUUGUUGCAAGAUGAUGAGCAUAUUUUGGCACCAUCACCGCAACCUGCCUUGCCAUCAACGCGCUUUACUGAACGACCAACACCAGCUGCACCCAUAGCAGCCACAACGUACAACAGUCGACCAGCUUUUAAUGAUUACGGUAUUGGAAGCUUUGGUGCGCAACGUUUUGGUUUGGAGCGGCCACAACAGAGUGCACCUGCACCGGCACCUUUGCCACAGCAAGCACCACAACGUGUCAAUGUUAUACGGACACGUCCACAAGUGCGUGAACAACGCCCACAGUAUGAGGCGCAAUCAGCACCACAACCAGCUCCGGCACCAGUGCGCUCUCGUCCACGUCCAGCACCAGCACGUCCGGCCAUUGAAUAUAAUCAAGUACAACCAGAUGAACGUGAACAGCCACAACAGCGUCGCCAACGUCCUGUCGCGCAAACAAUUCGCAAAUGGCGUGAGGAGAAUGAGGACGGCAGCAUUACUUGGGGUUAUGAGAAUGAUGAUGGCUCAUUCAAGGAGGAAAUCAUAGGCACAGAUUGCAUUACGAAGGGCACCUAUGGCUACAUUGAUCCCGAUGGUAACAAACGUGAAUACCACUAUGAGACCGGCAUCAAAUGCGAUCCCAACACACGUGAAACAGAGGAAGAGCUGCAACAAAAUGCUUUCAUUAAUUACGAACAAAAUACAGCUGUAUUGCCAAAUGGCAUUGAGAUCGACAUGACACAGAUCGGCAAGAAGAAAUCCAGACGGCCGAAUUCCAUCUACAGAAAUUAGCAAUUUAAACUUACAAUAAAUAUAUAAAAUGAUAAUAUUUAAGCUUUCAAAUAUAUAUCAAUAAUUACAUCUUUAAUUAUAAACUAAAACUUGAAA